GGUAAACGAUGACAUAAGUGAAUUUUGUAGGUCGAUGUGUCGGGCGUGCUUGAAUGAAUGUCGGUAAUCGACAUUCAGUCAGUGGCUCACUUGGCUCAGUGCUCGUUGCCUUGCCAUGCAGCCACAACGCGCGAGCUAGCUGUCAAAAACAUCGUUCCAUUUACAAAAAAUCUCGUGAAAACCCGCCCAAAAAUUAAAAAUAUAAACUUUACUUUUAAAUUUUAUUAUUUUUUAAUAACCAGAGUGCAUUUACGGAGCUAGCUAUGUUUAUUUUGAUAAUAUUAGCUUUAGUGGGAGUUUUGGCGUUGUGCGUUAUUCUUAUUGAUUCCUUAUGGAGUUUCCUGGAGCUGGUGUCUUCAUACCUGAUGCCGUACUUCCUGCCGGCUGAGGAGCAGUCCUUGGCCAAGCGCUUCGGACCUUGGGCUGCGGUGACAGGCAGCACAGACGGCAUCGGUAAGCAGUAUGCUGCGGAGCUGGCGCGGCGUGGACUCAACAUCGUGCUCAUCAGCCGCAACCCGGAUAAGCUGCGCGCAGUCGCACAAGAGAUCGAGAAGGAGCACAAAGUGAAGACGCGGGUGGUGGUGGCAGACUUCAGCCAGGGCCCGGCGGUGUACCCUCACAUCGAGGAGCAGCUACGGGACUUGCCACUCGGGAUCCUCGUGAACAAUGUAGGAGUCCAAUACGAGUACCCGAUGCCUCUGUGCGAGGUGCCGACCGCGAAGGCGUGGGAGCUCAUCAACGUGAACAUUGGUGCUGUGACGCUGCUCACCCGGUUAUUGCUACCGGGCAUGGUGCAGCGUGGACGCGGUGCUGUUGUUAACGUGUCCUCAGGUUCAGAGCUCCAGCCUCUGGCACUGAUGGCUGUGUACGCUUCUACUAAGGCGUACGUGCGAAACUUCACUCUAGCCAUCCGCGAGGAGUACUCCUCAAAGGGCAUCCAUGUGCAACACGUGGCACCGCUGUUCGUGUCGACGAAGAUCAACGCGUUCUCGCAGCGGCUGCUGGACGGCAACCUGCUGGUGCCCGACGCGGCGACGUACGCUCGUCACGCGGUCGCCGCACUGGGACGCGUGCAUAAUACUUCGGGGUACUGGCUGCAUGGAAUACAGACAUUCUUCAUAAAACUGGCUCCGGAGUGGAUCAGGAUCAAGAUCGGAGCCAACCUCAACCAGCAGUUCCGACAAGAGUAUCUGGAGAACCAGAAAUUAAAAGCAAACUAGAAGUAACUCCAGGAGAGACUGGAGUGGAAAUAUCAACUAUACAGUUUUCGCCAACUUGAAGAAGGGAUGAUAUGGAAGGAUCGAAGAUUCAUAAAGUGAUUUAGUUUUUAAACUUUUUAAGCCAUUUAUUAAAUAAUUUACAGUUUA